AUGGAGCCGUCGAAGGAAUUUCCGGGGAUUCCACUCAACUUUGAAGAUCUCAAUGUGUUGCCCGACCCGUUCGACGUAAGGUGUCUAUCAGUGUUGAGCGGAUAUCAUUCGAAAACAUUUUUCGAAUGAUAUGUGAUCAACUGACGAAUGUACAAUAAAGUGAACUCUUCCGUUGCUUUCUUUUGCUCAAAACUGGUGCAGAUUACUCAAAGUAUGAAGAUUACUCAAAGUCCCGCCCAACUUUACAGACCUCUUCGGACAAAAUGCUCACUCUGCAGAACCAUUCAAAAGUGGCCGUUCUGUUCAAGGUCUGUCACCAAUUUGUCCAUUUUGAGGAUGAGAAUUCGGAUUUGAUAGGUGAAAUGCACGAGCAACGCCCGGCUCAAGAUCGAGGAGUGCGCCGACGUGCUACGUCCGGGCAACGAGACGACGGUGCCGAUUACGAAGUUGUCGGGAGACGUGGCGAAGGACAAGAUUUACGUGAUUUACACGUUGGUCGGAAAACAGUGGCACGACGAGAAAAUGUCCGCUUAUCGGUCAGGGGAACAUUCUCGAAUUCUAGAAGCACUGACCGACUUUCAGAUGUUGGGAACGUGUCAAAAAACAGGCGAUCGGCACCAGAUGUAUCACUAUUUCAGUGGGGAAGGAGUCGAAAAAGAAGAAAAAGAAAGAGACGAAGGAGGAGGAGAAAAAGGAAAAGUCGAAGGAUGAGGACGAAAAUCGAAAGGAUCGGAAUAAUCGGAAAGAGGAGAGAAAGGAUCAGAAGGAUCGGACCAAGAGCGAGGAUUAG